UGCAAGCAUUUAGGACAACAGAAGUGAUUCACAUCCUAAAGCAUUUGAAGUUCAAAAACUUGCAUCUUAUUCACAAUAUUCUCUUCCCAAGUCUCAACUCAUACAACAACAAUGGGUUUUCGCUUACCUGGCAUCAGGAAGACAUCAAUUGCUGCAAACCAAGCAUCUUCCAAAUCUGUGGAGGUGCCAAAGGGCUACCUUGUAGUCUAUGUUGGAGACAAAACGAAGCGGUUUGUUAUCCCCGUAUCAUACUUGAACCAACCAUCCUUUCAAGAUUUGUUGAAUCAAGCUGAGGAAGAAUUCGGGUAUGACCAUCCAAUGGGCGGUCUCACAAUACCAUGCAAGGAGGAUGAGUUCCUAACCGUCACCUCUCACUUGAAUGACCUGUAAAUCAUGCUAAUGGAUACACGGAUAGAUUAGAUGAGGCAAAUUUGUACAGAAGAGGCAUUUUCUUUUAUUGUUAGGGAUUUCUAUUUUCUACAGAAGUUGAAACCUGUUUCCCGAAUGAGAAUUAAUGCAGCACAGGACACGUAUUGUUUAAUCACUUUUUGCCUUUGCCAAAUCUUGAUAUGGUUUAACAGAUAACACACAGUAUCAUUGUCAAAUUUAAGUUAUUGAUAUGUAUCAGCAUGAUCAGACUAUCGGCUUAUAAAUAUUAGGCAUUAAUUGCCGUAAUUCUGUUGGA